UCAGUAACACCACCACUACCGACGUUCUACCAGCAACUCCGUCAUCAGUUACGAGCGAAAGAACGAGGUCUUCCGUUCCGGCAUAAUAGUCGUGCAGGUUGGCAGACGCGCGGCCGUGUGCUAUCGUUUUUCCGACUUUUGUAGCAUUCCUAAGAAAGAUUCACGAGAACCCCGCGUUCAGUGCUGUGAUCAAUUUCUCUGCAUUUUGAGCAACAUGAAUGAAGAAUACGACGCGAUCGUGUUGGGCACCGGACUCAAGGAAUGCAUACUUUCGGGUAUGCUAUCGGUCAGUGGGAAGAAAGUGCUCCAUGUAGAUCGAAAUAAAUAUUACGGCGGUGAAUCUGCCUCGAUUACGCCUCUGGAUGAUCUAUUCGCGAAAUUCAAAGCCCCACCGCCGGAUGAAGCUUAUGGUCGUGGUCGCGACUGGAACGUUGAUUUGAUUCCAAAGUUCCUGAUGGCAAAUGGAUUGUUGGUAAAACUUCUAAUUCACACAGGCGUGACGCGUUAUUUGGAAUUCAAGUGCGUUGAAGGAUCGUAUGUCUAUAAAUCCGGCAAGAUUUCGAAGGUGCCGAUAGAUCAACAAGAAGCACUGUCCAGUGAUUUAAUGGGCCUUUUCGAGAAAAGACGUUUUCGUAGUUUUCUUAUAUGGGUGCAGAACAUGCAAGAAGACGACCCCAGAACUUGGGACGGCUUCGAUCCAUUUAAUAAUAGCAUGAGCGCUUUGUACAAUAAAUUUAAUCUCGAUAAAAACACUCAGGAUUUCACAGGGCAUGCAUUAGCCCUUUAUAGAGACGACGAGUAUAUAAGCCAAAGCGCAAUUACUACUAUAAGAAGAAUUAAAUUGUACAGCGAUAGUUUAGCACGUUACGGAAAAUCACCAUAUCUGUAUCCUAUGUACGGCUUGGGUGAGCUUCCUCAAGGUUUCGCACGACUUAGCGCGAUUUAUGGUGGAACGUAUAUGUUGGACAAACCGAUCGACGAAAUCGUUAUAAAGGAUGGAAAGGUUGUUGGUGUACGUUCUGGCGAUGAAGUAGCCCAAUGCAAACAAGUAUUUUGUGAUCCCACAUAUGUACCUGAUCGUGUGAAAAAAGUGGGUCAGGUGAUAAGAUGCAUUUGUCUUUUAGACCAUCCUAUACCGAAUACAGCAGAUGCCUUGUCAACGCAAAUUAUUAUUCCUCAGAAACAAGUUAAUCGUAAUUCUGAUAUCUACGUAUCUCUAGUAUCACAUACCCAUCAAGUAGCGGCAAAAGGAUGGUUCAUAGCCAUGGUAUCUACUACAGUUGAAACGAAAAAUCCGGAGGCGGAAAUCAAACCUGGCUUGGAUUUAUUAGGACCAAUCAAACAAAAGUUCAUAUCAGUUUCUGAUUAUAUGGAACCAACAGACAACGGUCUGGACAGUCAGAUUUUUAUAUCAACCAGUUAUGAUGCCACAACGCAUUUUGAAACUACUUGUUUAGAUGUUCUUGAUAUAUUUAAACGAGCUACCGGCGAGGAGUUCGAUUUUAACAAAGUAAAGCAAGACCUAGGCGAUGAAGAUCAGUAACCAUAAGAUAAUUACGGUUACUGGUCAGUUUUAAUACUAGUUCAUGCUGAAUUGAAAAAAGCAAGCAAGCAACAUAAUGUAAUGUGUGUAUACCGAUAACAUCGGUGUUUACCGAAGUCUCAGAGCAGAUACAAUCUGCUAAUAGACUUAUGCCUAAUCCUAGAUUCUCUUUAAUAGAGAACUUUAAUGACAAACGCAAACGUUAUUCAAAAUUUAUUUUUCAAAUUUAUCCCAAUCUAAUUCUAUAAACUGCCCUUUUUACAUUAUGUCUAAAGUAUACGUGUACGACCAUUUUCACACACACAAAAAAAGAUUAAUAUUAGAAUAUUUGUCGUCUGCAUAUUCGUCGAUAAAUUUUGAACAAUUACAAAAUGCAAUUUAUUAUACGGUUUGUGUACCCAUGUAUUCGUCACUGACAUGAGAUUUGAAUUAAAUAUGACAGUGCCGAUUAUCGUGACUUUAUAAUUGUAUCAUAUUUUAACUAUCAAAUUAAAACAUAAGGAUAACUGUUUAUUGAGAUUGUAAAUGUUACAGAAUCCUAUAGUUAUAUUGCUAAUUACAGUAGUCAAAAAGUCAUGAGGUACAAUAUAGAAGUAAUUUAAAAAAAUGAAUCCUACACGCAAUUAUAUAAAUAGCAUGUCGCUGUAUAGCAUUAGAAAAUAUGUCAUAAUUCUGCACAUUUAGUUAUGAUAUUAAUUCAAAUUCCAAACAUAUACAUUAAAAAAUACGAAGUUCAUACAUAUAAAUUGAAGCACUUUCAAAAACUAAUUGCCUGUAACAGAAAAGAUUGUAGAAAAUUUAUGUCAAAAUAUUGAAAGCAGAAAAAAGCGGCCAACCAUUUACAUAAAUUACAUAGAUAUAUAUAAAUCUCAAAUACGUAAGAGUGAGAAUAUAGAAAAAAUGUGGAAUCGUUGAGAUAUUGUUAUUUUAUGUGAGCUUAAGAAUUGGAAUAUUUCUUUGUCCAAUAUUUAUAAGGUCAUCAUUAUUGAUAGAGAAACAUCUAAAAGAGACAAGUAUGCACAGACGUACAUCGUUUUUGAAAUUACAAUACGUGUGCACUUUCGUAUGCGUGAAUGUUUUGUUGAUGAGUGAUUGGCUAUUUCUCAGAAUUUUUUAUUUCGCUUGCAUUUUGCUUCAAACUGUAAGCGCAUCGCGAAUUCGUAUUACAUAUGAAAUUCAUUGAACAAAGGUACGUGAUUCCCUAUUACUUUAUCUAAAACGUUAUUCACGUAACUGUAAUGACAGUCAUAAAAAAAAUAAAUCAUACUAUAUUAAUUUCA